AUGGUAAACAACGCGAUCAAGGAGAUGAAGGAACGUACCGGUUCCUCCCUGCAGGCUAUCAAAAAGUACAUCGCCGCGCAGUACAAGGUCGACGCCGAGAAACUGGCUCCGUUCAUCAGAAAGUAUCUGAAGAGCGCCGUCGAAUCCGGUACUCUCAUCCAGACCAAGGGCAAGGGCGCUUCGGGAUCUUUCAAGCUCGAAUCGAAAUCGGCCGCGGCGAAGAAGCCCGCCGGUGCAGUUGGUAAGGCGGCCGCCGGCAAGUCUGGCGCGUCCGCGUCCGCCGCAUCGAAAGCCGGCGCCGCCGGCAAGAAGGCCACCGCUUCCGCGGCCGGCGCGAAGAGCAAGAAGGCCGCGGCCGCGGCCGCGUCAGCGUCGGCGGCUUCGGGUUCACCCGCGAAGUCCGCUAAAUCGUCUGCAGCAAAGGACAAGAAGGCCGCCGCGGCCAAGAAGAAGCCCGCGCCCAAGAAGGCCGCCGCUCCCGCCAAAGCGAAGGGAGCCGCCGCACCGAAAGCGAAGAAGACCGCCAAGCCCCCGACCAAGAAACCUAAGCGCCCAAACCCAAGAAGGCAGCAGCCGCUACGCCCAAAUCGAAGCCGGCAGCCAAGAAAGCAGCCGCCGCCAAGAAGUAAUCUGCUGCUUCUUAUCCUCAGUCGCCGCUUCGGCGCGGUACCGACGACGGGAAGCGGCACGGCGACGGCGACGUCGACAACAUCAACAUCGUCGCCGUCGCAGCCGCAGCCGCAGCCGCGACGUGGCAAAGUUAAGGGAAAGGCAAAGUCCCGUUCGAACCGUGCUGGACUCCAGUUCCCCGUCGGACGUAUCCAUAGGCUGCUCCGUAACGGCAACUAUGCGGAGCGUGUCGGUGCCGGAGCGCCCGUGUACCUGGCCGCCGUGAUGGAGUACCUCGCCGCUGAGGUGCUCGAGUUGGCCGGCAACGCCGCCAGGGACAACAAGAAGACCAGGAUCAUUCCGCGUCAUCUCCAACUUGCCAUCCGCAACGACGAGGAGUUGAACAAGCUGCUCUCCGGUGUGACAAUCGCUCAGGGUGGUGUGCUGCCUAACAUCCAGGCCGUGCUCUUGCCCAAGAAGACCGAGAAGAAGGCUUAA